UGGACACACAGACACGCAGACGCACAGACAGGCAGACGGCACAGGGCUCAGGGCCCUCAUAUGGACCCUGCCCCCUCCUCUCCCACCAUCCAGGGCUGUCUGCGCACCCUAAUCCUCCAGGCUUCAGCCCAUUUCUUAGCCUGGGAUCUGUGCAGCAUCGAGGGACCCAGGAGUCAACCUUGAGACCUUCAGCAACCGUAGCCUCAGCCCUAACCCCAGCAUUGACCUGGUCCCAGGUCCAGCCAGCCCUACCAUGACAAAGGAUUAUCAAGAUCUUCAGCAUCUGGACAACGAGGAGAAUGACCAUCAGCACAGAAAAAGACCCCGGAGCUGCCCCAGGCUCCUGAGGCCCUCUCCUCUUGCAGGGCCGCCUCCUCCCCACUCACUCUUUCGGCGUCUCUGCUCCGGACCCAGCCUCAUCCUGAUCUCCAUCGGCCUUAGCCUCCUGCUGUUGGUGGUUGUCUGUGUGAUCGGAUCCCAGAACUCCAAGCUGCAGGAGGAGCUGCGGGCCCUGAGAGAAACGUUCAGCAACCUCACCGUGAGCACGGAGGCCAAGGUCAAGGCCCUGAGCGUCCAGGGAGGAAAUGUGGGCAGAAAGAUGAAAUCCCUGGAGUCCCAACUGGAGAAACAGCAGCAGGACCUGAGUGAAGAUCACUCCAGCUUGCUGCUCCACGUGAAGCAGUUUGUGUCUGACCUGCGAAGCCUGAGCUGUCAGAUGGCCGUCCUCCAGGGCAACGGCUCUGAAAGGACCUGCUGCCCCGUGAACUGGGUGGACUAUGAAGGCAACUGCUAUUGGUUCUCUCACUCGGGAAAGCCCUGGCCCGAGGCUGAGAAGUACUGCCAGCUGGAGGAUGCCCACCUGGUGGUGGUGGGCUCCUGGGAGGAGCAGAAAUUUAUCCAGCACCACAUGGGCCCUGUGAACACCUGGAUGGGCCUCACUGACCAAAACGGGCCCUGGAAAUGGGUGGACGGGACAGACUAUGAGUCGGGCUUCAAGAACUGGAGACCAGAGCAGCCGGACGACUGGUAUGGGCACGGGCUCGGAGGAGGUGAGGACUGUGCCCACUUCACGGACGACGGCCGCUGGAACGAUGACGUCUGUCAGAGGCCCUACCGGUGGGUCUGCGAGACACAGCGGGACAGGGACAGCGAAAACUAGCAGCCUCCUCUCCCCCUAAUUUAUUUCCUCAAUGCCUUUACCUGCCAUAGGGCUCCUGGUUUGGGGACCUUCCUAUCUGGGGGCUUCUGGAUUUUCAUCUAAGAUUUGGAGGGAAGGGUGGUGUCUGAGGAAUGUAGACUGAUGUUUGGAGGGGCGAAGAGAUUGAAACCCAUGCCACUUUCUGUGGUUUGCAGGUUAUUAUUGUCAACUUUUUUUUUUAGAGUAAAAAGAAG